AUGGCCGACAAGCUCACCGAUUCGCAGGUCGCCGAUCUGCUGGCCAUCCUGCGCAGCGACUCUCCACUGGAUGCCAAAGUCCAGUUCGUCACCAACGUCAAAAGCGGCAUCAAACAGCACAACGUCCCCGAAAGCUGCGUUGCCCAAUUGUUUGAUGGCCUGCGAACCGCAUCCUCGUCUCAGCAUGCGGUUCUCGUCAAUGCCGGCUUUACCGCACUCAAUCACCUCUUGACUCGCCUGUCACGACAAGACCCCAAGCUCCUCGCUCGCGAGGCGCCCCGCACGCUGCCGCUCCUCAUUGAAAGGCUCGGCGAUCAAAAGGACAAGUACCGAUCUCUCGCCAUCGGAUCCCUGAACACUCUCUCCGGCGUGGCUCCGGCAGAUGUUGAGCGGUUCGUGCGCAACUCGGCUCUGGCUGGCAAACACCCCAGAGCCAAAGAGGGAGGGAUGCACUGGCUGUUACAGAUGCACCAAGAACAGGGAUUGCCCUUCCGAGGCUAUGUUCCUGUACUGAUGGAGCUUCUCGAAGAUGCCGACGGCAUGGUUCGAGACACUGCUAAGACCACUGUGAUUGAACUCUUCAAGACCGCGCCCAACACGGCCAAAUCAGAUUUGAAGCGGCAGCUGAAGAACUUCAAAGUUCGCCCUGCCAUAGAACAGGCCAUUGUCAAGGCACUGGCUCCCACGGGCGGUCGCUCAGAAACGCCCUCUGACGGGUUUGCGCAACAACCUUCCCAACCGAGCCGCCACAAUCUUGCCGCCAGUGUGCCGAACCUGGGAUGCGAGCGUUCCGUCACUCCCCUGCCAGAUGCCCAGGUCGAAGCCGUUGAGCCGCAAUAUGUCAACACAAAUCGCGAGCUGGACGAUAUAUUCAGGGACAUGGCAUUGUUCUUCGAGGGGCGGGAGUCGGAACAGAAUUGGAUGAAGCGUGAACAAUCCAUCGGCACGCUUCGACGACUGAAUGCUGGCAACGCAGCUACCGACUUUCAGGAUGUCUUUGUCUCCGGGCUUCGAAGCAUGCUUGAUGGCAUCAUCAAGGCCAUCAACUCUCUACGGACGAGCUUAUCCAAGGAAGGCUGUGGCCUCGUCCAAGAACUCGCCGUGUCGCUGGGGCCAGCCAUGGAUCCCAUGGUGGAGCUGCUCAUGCAGUCUCUCGUCAAGCUGUCUGCUGGCACGAAAAAGAUAAGCUCGCAAAUGGCGAACGCCACCGUUGACAAGAUCAUUAGCCGAGUCACGUACAACCAGCGUCUGAUGCAGCACAUUUGGAGCGCUAGUCAAGACAAGAAUGUCCAGCCCAGGACUUAUGCCACCGGUUGGCUGAAGACGGUUCUGAGAAAAGAAGCCGGCCACAAGAAUCACGUGGAGCACACCGGUGGCGUGGAUCUUAUGGAGAAAUGCAUUCGCAAGGGUCUUGGAGAUGCCAAUCCAGGCGUGAGGGAAAAGACGAGAUCAGCUUUCUGGGCGUUCUGGGGCGUGUGGCCGGCACGAGCUAAUGCCAUCAUGGCUGACCUCGAUUCCACUGCUCAGAAGCUUUUGGUGAAGGAUCCUAGCAAUCCCAACUCCCCCAAGAAGGCAGAAGAACCGGCUAGACCGGGUCUCGGACUGUCUAGAAGCACCAUGGCCUCGAGUAAGCCUAGCCUUCGCGAAGCCAUGAUGGCGCAGAAAAAGGCGACCAUGGCUGCCGCAAAGGACCUGCCAGCAAGACCCGGCUCAGCGAUGGCUCACAUCUCGUCGCCCGUCCGCACAACCUCGAGCAGCUCGAUGCAUUCCACCGCUUCGGCCAAAUCUGCCGCCACAAUGAGGACGCGCCCCGAAUCGACCCUGUCCGUCAACGCCGGAGGUAUGUCGGUGGCUCCCAUGCGGCCGACGCGACGUCGUCCGGAAAUGGCUGCUCGGCCGGCUACUGCCGGUCCAUACUCUGCGAGAGAAGAUGCUGGAUUGGAGGCAGGCAGCCCCGAGAGCAUCAAGUCGAGGCACGCCACCCCAAACAAACCCAAGGUCACCACGCCCAAAAAGACGGUGCCAAGGACUCGUCCGGCGGGGCAUAUGCAUCAGUCGCAUGUUGGCGAACCCAGCAUCCCCUCCCCAACCUUUCGGCACCCAACGUCGAAAGGUGUAGUAGUCUCACCUCGCGGCAGCCCCUCGACGUCGAAAUACUCGCAGACAUCGCCUCCUUCGGUCAGUCUGCUGAAACUGAGCGAGGAAGCAAAGGCGCCACCUCAUCUCCCCGCCCACCCCUGUGUCUCCUCCAACCAUGAAUUGGAGGGGGCUGCGCCCAGUCUUGAACAACAGCAACCACAGCAGCAGCCUGCAGAGACCAGGCGAGCCACUCCCUCCGCGGCAGCAAACAGCCAGGAAGAGGAGUUGGAGCCCCAAGCGGGGACAUUAUCCCGUGAGCUCAAGGUGUACGAGGACCCGUUCACCGACGAGGCUCCCCUCGCCGCGACGCCGACCUUGGGCGUUUCCGUGCUGGAGGAUAAGCCAGUGAAUGAGGGAGCGGGCAGCCUGGCCAACGGAAAUGACGUGCUUUCGGCGGCGGACCAACGGGCAGAGUCCCCGGACAAGACUGGGCAAAAUUCCAAGCUGAUCGACAGCGGCAUCACCAAGAUUAAGAACAAGAACCUCGAGGUCCACGGCUUUAGGAAGCUGCAGUCCCUCAUCCGGGACAGCAGGACUGCGCUGGCGGACGACAAGUUUGAGGCUCUGUUUCUGGGGCUGUUCAGAUACCUGGAAGAUGGGCUGCCCGGCAUGACGGCGGAGAAGGUGCAGGACGUCAAGGCCCAGAUCCUGUCCACCAUCAAGCUGCUGCUCAAGAGGGAGCGCGACAUGGUGCAGCCUCACAUUUCCAAAGGCAUGGAAUCGUUGCUGCAGGCGCGAGGCGCGUACGACACGAGGGCUCACAUUGUCAGCGGCCUGGAGCUCCUGGCCGACGAGCUCGUCACCAUUGGCGACGGAUCCGAGCUUGUCGCCGUUCUCACGACGAGGCUGCAAAGCUGUUCGGACGGCACGGCCGAGGGCUGCCGCACCCUCAGCAUGGGGCUGCACGUGCUCAAGGAGAUGCUGGAGAAGCGCGCCGAGUUUGCCCCGACGGAGGGCGAAGUGACGCGGCUGACGGCUCUCGCCGCCCGCUGCCUGGAGUCGGCUGACUCGGGGGUUCGCAUGGACGCCGUCAAGUUUUGCGUCUCGCUGCACGACCGGGUGGGCGACGCCGGGUUCUGGGAGAGCCUGAAGGAUAUCAGGGAGGAUCCCAAGAGCCUGAUUACCUACUACAUUGUGAAGAAGCGGCGCGAGCAGGGGGGUGGUUGCUGA